AUGGAACCAUACGAGCCGGCGGACGAUAUGGUAGAUAACAAUCCGUUUGGCGAGCCGGUUGAGCAACCGGAGGCCCAGGAACAGCGGGAAGAAGGGCAGGAAGAGGUGGAGCCGGCGCAGGAACCGGGGAGCGGUGCUGAACAGAUCGAUCUGCUGCCGGAGAGGACAAAGAGUGGCAAGUACAGGUUGCUUGUCAAAGUGACUGCGUUGGAGCGCGUUGGGAACGUCACAAGCAAGAGGGAGAACCCGGUAGUCGUGUUUGAUGUGUCGACGAACGUGCCCACGUUUCGCAAGAGUCAGCACCGCAAGGUCAGGAAGACAGCGGACGAGUUCAGGCAACUUUUCAAAUUCCUGAACGGGGCAAUUCAGGAGUCGUUCAUCGCUUCCCUGCCUCCAACCUACACGAGCUUGGGGAUCAAUAACGAGGAGGAUUACACGCAGACAAUGGGCAGGUUCCAGCAGUGGUUCAACAGGAUCUGCGACGAUCCGCUGGUGGUGAGGAACGAAGAAGUGGCGUUCUUCAUCGAGAGCGAUUUUGGUUCGUAUUCGCCCAUCAGCGAGUCGAAGUUACCGGCGUCCGGGCUCAGGAGAAAGACUUUGAAACAGCUAAGUCCGCCCUACGAUGAAGUGGUGGAGUUGGCAGAGUUCAGACCGUUGGUGAAGUCUGUACAUUGGGUCUCUCAGGAUAUUCAGGCCAAGCUUGCCAAGGUUUGCAAGGGCAGAAAAAUCUUGGCACAGGAGGAAAAUGCGCUUGGCCAGGGUUUCGUUGCCUUGCACGAAGACCAACAGCUGUACAAGAAUUUUGGCAAGGUGCUGACGGCGAACGGCGACAUCGAUAGCAUAAUGGCUACUCUAGACCUUGGUACGUUGCACGACGGGCUGGAAUGGAUUGUACGGGACACCUACGUAGUGAAGGAAGCAUUGACAAACAGACACCUGAUCAUGAGAGAUUUGCUUCAAGCGCAGCAAACCUCCAAGAUGAGACAGGAGCGGGCAAGAAAGCUAAGGGCAAAGAGAGAUAUAAGCCCACUGAAGGUCGACGAAGCAUUGCGCCAACUCAAGGCUGCCACGCGUGAUGAAAGUGAGCUCACCGUCAAACUACAGCGGAUCACUGCAAAUAUGUGCAUAGAAAAAAACUUGUGGCUCUCAUGGUUCGAAGAUUUCCUAUCUUCUUCCAUACGCGACUACACAAUGCGCAAGAUAGAAUAUGAACGCAAGAAGCUCUCUUUACUCGAGAGGAUACGCUCUGAUGUCCGCAAGGCGGACACAAAAGGCGGCUUGUCACGUCUGGGACGUGAAGCCUCUCUCGCAAAGAUGAAACAGGACAGACAGCUCUCGCAGACACUCGACGGAGAUAACUGGACCGGUGACGUGCGUCGUCGCUCCCAGGUCCAGUUCGAUAAGCUCUCGCAAACAGAGUUCGAUAAGGCAUUGAACUUGCAAGAACCAAGCAGCCAACGAGAUCUACAUGACAAGUCGUCGCUAGACGCCCGCCAUGCGGCCAUCAUGCUAGGUUUGCCAACUUUCUAA